UUCGUCACUCUGGUAGUCUGCGUAUUAAUGAAAUGCAAGUAGUUUAGGAGAAGACUGGUGGAGCGCAAGGCGAUCUAUACACGGAGAACAUUCAUUUAGGAAGAAGAAGAGAAAAAGGAACGCAGGUGGGACAAAACUGGAUCCGUGAAAAGGAAAAGUUCAUUGUGUUGCUGCAGGAUUUAAAAGCAAGCAAACAAACAACCCGGCGCGUUAUAUGUUCGUAGGGGACCUCUGAAUUGGGAAGGACAGGACAGAGGUGUUAAGCGCACAUCUGCAUGGACAGUCACUGAGGAUUUGGAGACAUUCAAUGCGCACGAGCUCGGGGAUUCCCUUAUAACCGGAGGAACGAAAAUCCGGCAAAUGCAAUUUUUCUUUCAUUAAGAUGUAGCCUGAUGUGCACACCUCUUCCCAGAAUUAUCCAAGCAGCAUUCCCUUACAGGCUCUACUAUUAAUCAAUCAUCACAGUUCUGAAAAAUUCGUCCACAUAGAGUUGGAACAUGUGGAAGUGACUCAAGACGAGGAGACGCGCGUGCUUGCUUUCUUUAGCGAGCUUCAUUAGGUUCCUCUCGGCGUUCCUCCAGGCGUGAGACAUCGGGAAGACAUUUCAGCGAUCAUGCAUUUCCUUCUACGUCCUCAGGUGUUUUCGAUCUGGAUCACACUAUUCUCUGGGGCCACAUCUGAGCUCACAUGCGACACUCUGCUACUGCUCUCCACCAACCUCACAGCUCGCACCUUAAUACUAUGGAACCAGACAUCGAGCUCAAGUAAUGCCACAGGUACAAGCUCAAGUAAUGCCACAGGUACAAGCUCAAGUAAUGCCACAGGUUUGUUCUGUAAUAUAUCUAUAGAUGGCAUCGGGACGUGUUGGCCCAGGAGCAACGCAGGGGAAAUAGUAGCACGUCCGUGUCCUGAGACUUUCUUGGGUGUCCGCUACAACACCACCAAUAACGUCUACAGAGAAUGCCUCGCCAAUGGAACAUGGGCGAAGAAGGGGAACUAUUCUCAGUGUCAGGAAAUUCUCAAUGAAGAGAAAAAGAGCAAGCUGCACUACCACAUUGCAGUGAUUAUAAACUACCUUGGCCACUGCAUCUCUCUCGGAGCCCUGCUGGUUGCCUUCAUUCUCUUUAUGAGGCUGAGGAGCAUCCGCUGCCUUAGGAACAUCAUUCAUUGGAAUUUGAUUACGGCUUUCAUCCUGCGCAAUGCUACAUGGUUCGUAGUGCAACUGACCAUGAACCCAGAGGUGCAUGAGAGCAAUGUGAUCUGGUGCAGGCUGGUUACAGCAGCGUAUAAUUACUUUCAUGUGACUAACUUCUUCUGGAUGUUUGGUGAGGGCUGCUAUCUGCACACGGCCAUCGUGCUGACUUACUCCACUGAUAAGCUCAGGAAGUGGAUGUUCAUCUGUAUUGGCUGGUGUAUUCCCUUUCCUAUCAUCGUUGCAUGGGCCAUUGGUAAGCUGUAUUACGACAAUGAAAAGUGCUGGUUUGGAAAACGAGCUGGUGUUUAUACUGACUACAUCUAUCAGGGCCCCAUGAUCCUUGUUCUUCUGAUCAACUUUAUUUUCCUUUUCAACAUAGUGAGGAUCCUGAUGACAAAGCUAAGAGCCUCCACCACAUCAGAGACGAUUCAGUACAGGAAAGCUGUGAAGGCCACUCUGGUCCUGCUGCCUCUCCUCGGCAUCACCUACAUGCUUUUCUUUGUUAACCCUGGAGAGGACGAGAUCUCCCAAAUCGUCUUCAUCUAUUUCAAUUCUUUCCUCGAGUCCUUUCAAGGUUUCUUCGUGUCUGUGUUUUAUUGCUUCCUGAACAGUGAAGUCCGUUCAGCUGUUCGGAAGCGCUGGCACCGCUGGCAGGACAAGCACUCAAUCCGGGCACGGGUGGCACGGGCCAUGUCCAUUCCCACCUCACCUACCCGGGUCAGCUUCCACAGCAUCAAGCAGUCAUCCGCUGUCUGAUCUUAACUGAUCUCGAACACCACAACUUUCCUUUUAGUGCACUCCCCCUACCCUCCAUUGCUAAGCAAACCCAGGGAACAGCUGCAGUCCAAACAGGGUAUGAGACUUUCAGUUGAAUAACUCCCCAAAAGCGGUGUGCCAAUGUAGACACAAGUUCAAGACUCGUCUACCAGGGUAUUGGAGAAAAGAGAGAUGGUAAGAAGAAAUCUGGAGCAGGAGAUACCCUCUGAUCAAGUGAGGGGGGGGGGGGGGGGGGGUGGUGAGAAUUGAUCAUCCUCUAAAGAAGAAAAGGCUAGAAAUUCCAAGCUCCAAAAUGACACUGUGGUGGGACCUGUCUAGUUGUAAAGGUCAAAGUUUAAUUUAAUUACUCUUUUUGCGUGAGGGGUUUUUUGGUCAGAGACUGCUGGCUCAGCUACACCGGUCAAAUCCGGAUAAAGUCGUAUCAGGAUGAAGCCUGGAAACAUUAUGGAGAAGUCUGUCAAAUACCUGCAGCUUCAAAUCAAAGUAUUUGGUGAACUUUGAUGGUGGCACACUUUCCAUGAGGUUAUAGAUGGAACAUAUCUAUUUAGGAUAAAUAUUUUUUGUUGUUAUUAGAGAGCUGAAGUAUUGUAUGUCAAAAUGGGUAUAUGUUCAGAGAAUAUAUGAACCAUCUCUCAAAUAUAAAAUGAUUGCAGCUUUCUCAGUCUGCUACCCUUUAACAUAAGGAGACAUUUUAAACAUGAAUACUCAGUUGAGUCUUUUUUGCUCUCUUCAGUUCAGGGAUUCCGACAUUCAGUUAUCACAGACAGGGUACAGAAAUUUGUUAAAACACCACCCUUUCUAAUAUCACAGCUGCUCAAAUGUUUUCCCACAAUUUGUACCAUUCCAUUUGCCAAGUUAAACAAAGAGAUUACCUAAGAUGGUAGUAACUACAGUCAACCACAGAACCUGUCAUAUUGCUUGUGAGGUUUUUUAAGUAUCCAUUCGUGAGGACCAAUAAUAUGAAAUGUCAAUGAAAUGUCAAUGAAAACAAACAAAUAUGGGGCGCAUGGUGGCUUAGUGGUUAGCACGUUCACCUCACACCUUCAGGGUUGGGGGUUCGAUUCCCGCCAUGGCCCUGUGUGUGCGGAGUUUGCAUGUUCUCCCUGUGCUUUGGAGGUUUCCUCCGUGUACUCCAGUUUCCUCCCCCAGUCCAAAGACAUGCAUCGUAGACUGAUUGGCAUGUCCAAAGUGUCCAUAGUGUAUGAAUGGAUGUGUGAGUGUGUAUGGGAUUGUGCCCUGCGAUGGAUUGGCACCCUGUCCAGGGUGUACUCCACCUUGUCCCUGAUGCUCCCUGUGAUGGGCUCCAGGUUGCCUGCGAUCCAAUAGGAUGGAUGGAUGGAUGGAUGGAUGAACAAAUAUGAUUAUCCCUUACAUGGUCCCCCUAUCACUGUAUUGUGGGAAUCUCUUGGGUUUCUUUCAUUACAACACUUUCAAACAUAUACUAUAAGAGAUAAGUCCUACUUGUACAAAUAGUCAUCUGUAUUUUAGCACACUGUGAAGUUUAGGCCUAUGUGGUAUAUCUUAUUUACAAACUAUCUCUACCAAAUUUGGACCAGACUCAAAGAGCAAGAGCAAAAAGAAGCAAACACUGUCAUGUCACUGCUUGGCGAUUAUAAGGUUUUAGAGUAAUAAUUAAAAAUAUAUGUUUUGGCAAAAAAUGAACAAACUGUUUGAACCAAGAAAAAAAAAUCCUGUUAGAUAACAUUUUAAGAACUUUAACCCAAUGGGCAACUGAGUAUAUUCAAUUGCAAUCCAGCUUCCUGUUUACAUACAGUUUCAUUCUACAAAUUACCAGCAGGCAAACAAGGUGCAUACAAACCUGGCAGCACUAGAAAUAAGAAAAGGCAAGGAGAACCGGCCAAGGCUUCUCCAAAAAUAACCCAAACCACACCAAAACAUGCAGAGGCGUGUGCGAGGAUUUGUUUGUGCUUUAAAUAGACUCAGUUUCAGUGUUCCAGCUUUAAAGCCCUGUCAGUUUUUACAUAAUUUGAAACACAGUUUGACGUUGAUCACUUGAGCUUCUUAUACAGAAAGACACAAAGUGCCAAGCAAAAGAAGGCAGCCAUUGUGUUAAUUGUGGAGAGGAUUUUUCCAGGGCAACCUCUGCAGUGUUUUUGUGAUAAAGCAUAGUGAUAAAACAUUUAGGAGAAAUAUAUGAGAUGGCACAAGAUUAAAGUUGCCCUGCCGCAGGGAACUCAAAUUCUAAUCCAAUCUCUGCCAUUGGGAGAAAACUGUAGAGCUGUUCAAAUCAGUAAUAAGGACAACAUCUGCAGACACCAUUCAAAUUCCUCUGAAUUCUCAAAAUUGUCUAACCUUGGGUGACAAACCUUGGCCGGAGUGAGGAAAGGUUCACUUAGAGCAGUUCUUUGUGCUGUAACCCUAUGUUAACACUGUCUCCCAAGUGAAGUGACAGCAUGACAUCCAACCAUUUACUGUCUAUGUACAUAGGCGUCGAUUUCAGCAACAACUACAAGAGUUGGCAUGACAAGCAACAUUUGAACUGAGAUUUUCUCAGUUCUCUGCUAAUUAUGUAUGACUUGGAAAAACAACAAAUCAAAACAAUCAGUUCAAAUGAACAUGUUUCUCAUCAAAUAUGUAUAGAGACAAAGAAAAAGAAAGCUUGGAGAGUAGCUCGUACAGGUAGCUUGCUUUGCCAAUCUGCCAGUCAAGCUAGUAUGAAACUUAGCACGUAUGUAACAUGCAAAUCAAACAAUCACAUUUCACAUUGAAUUGUGCAUUUUUUUCAUUUGCAUUUAACUAGUUAGCUAUAGAAGCAAAAUGUAUAGCUACUACUGUUCUCGUGGUACAGAUAACUGAGCAACCUAAUACCAAAUUAUCAUUGUGAUCAAACGUAUGAAAGUCUCUGUUGAUAUAAAAUACAUCUUUUGCUAGAGUUACACUUAGAAAUGUGCAGAAAUAACAAUUUUAAUGACUGACAUAAGGCUGGUAGUUCUCUGGACCACUGCAACCUGAUAUUGGUUUCUUUUCUCAGUCUUGAAUGCAUUUUAUCUCAAUUUGGUCUUGGUCUUAUAUCAGUCUUUGCCCACUGCUGCUUCUUCACUGCAGUCUACAAUAUAAUACAGUUUGGAUUAGUAAACCACAGUUUGUAAAACUAUGUGGUCAUUUAGCAAUCUUGGCCUCAUACUCUUCAGUGUUGGUGUUGUCUUGGCCAUGACUCAGACCAUCUUGUCUAGAAGACUGCCAUCUACCUUGUGCAUAAUUUCACAACUAUAACUCGGAUCUGUCCACAUUUGGCUUGCGAUUGUUAGACUGUUGGAUGUAUCAUCAACGGCAAAAAUGCAUCAGUAUUCUUUCAGCACUUUUUUGGUCUCAAUCCCACUAAGUUUUAUUGCAUUUUGUUGGUUGUUUAAAUGUGAAAGUAAGUAAGACUCAUUUAAUAACUAUUGGUAUUGGUAAAAAAGUUAAAAAGUGUAAACCAGACAGAAGAAGCAACAUUAAAUUUUUUGUGAUGUUUUCCAUUUGCGAGAUUCCCCAGAAGUGCAGUAAAAUGGUAGCAAGAGUUCUUUAAGUACUCUUUCAGACAUUCAUAGUGACGGAGCUAUUACUCCAGUCCAGGAAGGCAAAACUAAUAUCUAUUUCAUUACAUGAUGAGACUUGCCUUGACAGAUGCUGAUGGAUGUUUUAGGUUUUUUUGUUUUUUCUGUCAUUAUUAUGGAAGAUCAUGCCAAUUUCUCCAUACACAAGCCCUUAAAUGACAUAAGCCUACACAAUUAUGCCAUCUCUUUGGCUAUCUGGUUUCCCCACUAAAGCAAGGAUCUAGGCUUGAAAAUACAGCUCACACAUCCAUGAUUCUGAGCCACAGCUGACCGAGACCUGUGACUGCAAACUGCUGACACGACACUGAGCAGCAUCUAACCAUUGGAUAAUAUCCAAAAAGAACUGACACUCAGGAUCUAUAGCAUUGCUGUAUUCUCCCAUGUGCUACAUUCGCUAGUGUGUUUGUAAAGGUGAACCAGAUAAGCAUGUGUGUAAUUCAAUAGAUUCAUCCAUUUUCAACCUUUUACCAGAGGACGUAUUUGGAGCAGUAAAUUCACAUUUACUUGAUUAAAGAAUUGGGGUACUUUUACCACAUCUGUGUAUAUAUACACUCACUGACCACUUUAUUAGGAACACAUCUACCUCUGCUCAUUCCUGAAAUUAUCCAAUCAGCCAAUCAUGUGGCAGCAUAAAAUCAUGUAGAUACAGAUUCAGCUAAUGUUGCUGUACUUAAACUUCAGAAUGGGGAAAAAAUCUUAGUGAUCUCAGUAACUUUAGCCUUGGCAUGGUUCUUGGUGCCAGACAGACUCAACUGAGUAUUUCAGAAGCUGCUGAUUUCCUGGGAUUUUCACACACAACUGAAUUUACACAGAAUGGUGCAGGGGACACAAACUGCCAGUGAGCAGCAGUUCUAUGGCUUGAAAAUUCAUUAUUGAUGAGAGAGGUCAAAGGAGAAUCGUUAAAACUUAUUCAAGCUGACUAGAAGGCUACGGUAACUCAAAUAAGCACUCUUUAGAACCAGGGUGAGCAAAAAAGCAUCUCAGAAUCCACAACACAUCGAAACUUGAGGCGGCUGGGCUACAACAGCAAAGGACAACAUCAGGAUUCAUUCCUGUCAGUCAAGAGCAGAGAUCUGAGUAGGCACAGGUUCCCUGAAACCAGACAUUUGAAGACUGGAAAAAUAUUGUGUGCUCACCCCAUUCUGGUGUUUAAUUAACUGAAGCUCUUUACUUGUAUCUGCAUGAUUUUAUGCAUUGUGCUGCUACAUGAUUGGACAAGUAUAUGAGUGAGCAGGCGUACUAGUUGUUCCUUAUAAGGUUGCCGAUGUGUGUGUGUGUAUGAAUGUAUGUAUGUAUUUAGAUAGAUGCAAAAAUUUGAAAAGUGUUUGGUUCAUACUUGUUAAUCAGACAUUUGUAUCAGAGCUAGGUUCAUGACCAACAAAUAAGUGUGAUUACAAUGGAUCUUUUGCUAGUGAAAAUAAUAGCUUUCCACUAAAGCCACAUCGAUUAAAGGCCAGGGAUGCAGUCACGGCAUAUUUGGUUUAAUGUAUCUCUUACCAAACUGCUUGGAUGUCUCUUUAUAAAAUGUGUCCUGGCAUACCAGAAAUGGUUAAAUAAAGAUGGAAUGGAAUUCUCAUGUUUAUUACCUGGCACUGAACAGGAAAGCUGAAUCAGGAUUCCUUUCGUUGCCUAGUGAUUCUUAACACAAAGCUGCUGCAUUCUUUGAUUACUGAUCAUCACAUCCUAGCUGUUUGGCUGUGAAACAUGCUGAGGAGCAUCUGAGGCUCUCAUUCUGUAUAACAUCCAAGCCUUCUUUUUUUUAUUUCGUGCAAAUGGUCCCUGUAUUCAAGAGGAAUGACAGAAACUACUGAUUAUAAAUGAAACUAACAGAAACUAUAUUCCCACUUGCAUAAAGCAAAGGUUAUUUUCGAAUAUUACAUCAAAGUUAUAAAAAGACAAAGUCACAUUAGUAGUAGUAGUUCUAAAUCUUAGAAGAGUAGUAAUGUUUGUAUAAAUAGCCCGUUUUUCGAAACU